AUGAAUGUAGUAGAACAUACAGAUAAAACCGCAUUCAGCAUGUGGAUCCCUGCAAUAUCGCGACAUUUCGAAGGCGAGAAGGCCGAGAUUGUCAUCGUGGGCAUUGAAAGCCAUAUCUGCGUGACGCAGACGGCGUUGGAUGCCCUGGGAGCGGGACAUAGGGUUUAUAUUAUUGCAGAUGGAGUAAGUUCGUGUAACCGCGAGGAAAUCCCUAUUGCGCUGGCGCGGUUGAGGGGGGAGGGCGCCGUGAUUACUAGUUCUGAGAGUAGGCUUCCUUUUUCCCUUUCCCCCUCCCUCUUCCUUCUUCCAUUUUCCCUGCAUUUAUAUAUAUACAAGUGUGCUGAUAUAUAUGUGGUGUUAGGUUUUAUGUACGAGUGUAUGGGCGAUGCGGCACUCGGCGAGUUCAAGGAUGUGGCGAGAUUGGUUAAGGAGUGUAGUGGGGCUACGAGGGAGGUUGUGGGGACGCUUUUGAGUAAGAUGUGA